UGGAAACCAAACGCGCUCCAUCGCAACGCCAGCAGCCUUUUGAAGACCUUUUUCUCUCCAGCUUUCCCUUCCUUGGGCUUCAGUGUUGUGUUUCCACGGAUUGUGUCUCUGACGGAUUGGGUCGCGGAUCUGGAUUUGACCAAAGGCAGAUUGCACGUCUGUCGACAGCAGCUCAACACAACCGUCACACUGAAGUCUCAAUAGAGAAAAUUACAGUCAGCUGGCCUGUGAUUUGUGAAAGGCGUUUGCUGCCUGCACGGCUGCUGCUAUGUUACAGGAGAGGGUAAUCAGCGCCGCUCAGCCACAACCUCCAGCACAGUUGUGAAAGAGGCAGGCUGCCUGUGUGCGCGUGUGUGUGUGUGUGUUGGUUGGUGGAGAGCAAGAGAGAGAAGGGUAUGCUUCACCGUACCAAAUACAACCGCUUCAGGAACGAGUCAGUAACAUCCGUCGAUGAGCUUCUUCACGGCUUGUCCAUGAACCCAAAGGUCUCGGCUACCUCCCAGCCUGCUGCCGAGACACCGUACACACCCCCAACUGAGGUCCAGCCCUCUACCACCACCACCAGCCACGACUCUGACCACCUGGAUGAUGGUGGUACAACCCUCUGCACCCUCAUCAACAAGGUGUCCAGCCUGAAAUUCAGCAAUUCGGGCAGCUUGCUGGGCAUCAGAAGCCUGCCCUCAGCUGUCAAGGACCUGGCUGUGUCUAAGCUGCAGGGGGGUGCAGGGGGAUCGGGCUGCGGCGGCUCCAGCCCCGGGGUGGCGACCGUGGCAGACUGCGGUGUGGGCGGCUCUCUGUGCAGCUCGGCCUCCCUUUCCACCCCCUGCUCCCAGCUUCAGCCGGCCGCCAACAUGAGCAAAAAGAGCCGCGCGGAUGAGCUCCAGCCCAGCGGAGACGAGUGGAACACAGGCGGAGGUGGCGACCUGGCGAGCAAACCCUCUAGAGGAUGGCUGCACUCCAGCGAGAAGAUCUCUGGACCAGGAGUGACAUACAUCGUGAAGUAUCUGGGUUGUAUAGAAGUCCUGCGGUCAAUGAGAUCUCUGGACUUUACCACCAGAUCACAAAUAACCAGGGAAGCCAUCAGUCUGGUGUGUGAGGCUGUUCCUGGUACCAAAGGAGCUCUACGGAAGAGAAAGCCUCCAUCCAAAGCUCUGUCCAGUAUUCUCGGAAAGAGCAACCUGCAGUUUGCUGGCAUGUCCAUUAACCUAAACAUCUCCACCAGUAGCCUCAACCUGAUGACUCCUGAUUGCAAACAGAUCAUAGCCAACCACCACAUGCAGUCCAUCUCCUUUGCAUCAGGCGGAGACCCAGAAACAACAGAUUUUGUUGCUUAUGUAGCAAAGGACCCCGUUAACAGAAGAGCGUGUCACAUUCUGGAAUGCUCCGACGGACUGGCCCAGGAUGUCAUCAGUACCAUCGGCCAGGCCUUUGACCUUCGCUUCCAGCAGUACCUGCAGUGUCCCUCAAGCAAACUGUCCUCCACACCUGACAGGGUAUUAAACACAGAGGAGCCACCAAGGACAGAAGAAGAGGAGGAGUCAACGGAACACCCGUACUAUAACAGCAUCCCUGGAAAAAUGCCGCCCCCCGGAGGCUUCAUCAACACACGGCUGUCCAAUCAGAACACAGCAGCAGAUGGGGGCCAGAUGGGUCCGGGCUCAGUAGAUCAGACAUAUUAUCAAGGGCGACACUGUGGGGAAAACUGGGGAGAAGAGAGAAAGCCCAUCUUCAUCCAACAGGGGUCAUUUGAUAUCAGCAACCUGCCCGAUGGGCCGAAAGCCGGAGAAAUGCCCACAUAUGUAAACACACAGCUGAUCGAUGCCCAGGUGCUCGCUGCGCUUCAGGCCGAGGCGGAAAAUGUGACAAAAGGCAUGACCGCUGCCACCGGCAAAGAGAGUCCACCAAAAGACCUUUUUGACAUGAAGCCCUUUGAGGACGCCAUUCAGUCUCAGUCACAGGGACAAACAGAGUUCCAGGUGUCUUGUCUUCAUAAGGCUGCCUCAGUGGAUAACGUCAGUCCUCUACUCGUGCGCUCGUUGGCCUUUUGGGCACAGGAGGAGCUGGAAGGCCAGCAAUGGUACCAUGGCAAAAUGAGCCGCCGCGACGCUGAAAAACUACUGAAAAUAGAUGGGGACUUUCUGGUUCGGAAGAGCACCACCAGCUCUGGAUCCUACGUUCUGACAGGCAUGCACAACGGACUUGCCAAACACCUCCUGCUGGUGGACCCUGAGGGCACGGUACGGACAAAAGAUCAUAUAUUUGACAGCAUCAGCCACCUUAUUGGCCAUCACCGUGACAACAGUCUGCCGAUCGUGUCAACUGGAAGUGAACUGUGUCUCCGACAGCCAGUCACAAGGAAACAGUGACCCUUGCGAAGCCUGAUGGGGAAACACACGUAGGACUCUCCGAAUUGUCUCCAACCAUCCUGAAACUUGAAGACAAACCACGAUGAGAAGAUGCUUAACAUCUCGCCACGAUAGAGAGCGUGUUUAGAGAGGGGUGGGGGGGGGGGCAUCAGCCUUUGGUCACUUUUCCAGGUGUCACUCGCUGGAAGAUUUGUUUAAAGAUAAAAAAAAACAUAAUAAUAUUUAUAGAACUGUUAUUUUGUUGUGACGACUGAAAUGCUAUAUUUUUGAGAAGACAUAGGUGCAUUUGGACACAAUAUCUUGAUUUGGUGUUUUAAAAA